AACCCCCACACGGGAUUGACUCCGGCCCCCUCACCGCCCCACGAGAGGUCAUCAUCGCCGAAGCUCCGACCUCACUUCGACUCAUCGCCGACCAUGACGACUCUCAAGCCCCGAGAGCCCUACUCCCGCGAGGAGCUGGCUCACCUUUAUCCCAAGAGCCUCAAGCUGCAAUUGGUACAAGUGUUCCUUCGUCAUGGCGAGCGGACGCCUGUUUCUUCGCGCUUUCAAAAUACUGGCUUGAGUCCAUACUGGCCUUACUGCGGUGUUGCGAGAGGUAUGGUGCAAGCUGCCACUUCCAAGCAGGACAUGUCUUCAUGGGAUGGAUUUCAAUGGCGCCGGAAAAUGGAGGCGUUUGGAAACAACGACGAGUCGAUCGUUGCGGCAGGACCGGGUGGUGAGAUUGAGGCUAUGUGCCAGCAUGGUGAACUUACGGACAAGGGACGCGAAACCACCUAUGCGCUGGGUACCCGCCUGCGUCACCUUUAUGUCGACCAGCUCAGCUUCAUGCCCAAGAUCAAGACCGAUGCCGAGGAUAUGUACCUGCGUGCGACACCUAUUCCCCGUGCGCUCGAGUCGCUGCAGCAAUCUUUCUGGGGCAUGUACCCGGCCAGUGCGCGCACUCUAGACUUCCCGCCCCCGGUGAUUGUGGCCCGCUCUGUGUCGGAGGAGACAUUGUUUCCGAAUGAGGGCAAUUGUCGACGCUUUCGACAGCUGGCCCGUCUGUUUGCCGAUCGGGCUGCCGCGCGAUGGAACGACUCAGAGCAGAUGGCGUACCUGAACAAGAUAUGGUCCAAGUACAUGCCCGAGUCUUCGCCCAAGGUCGCUGUGGAUGCUCAUCCCCGUCUGUCGGGUAUCAUGGAUACCGUCAAUGCAACCGACGCCCAUGGUCCUGCCACCAGGCUCCCAUCUGAAUUCUAUGACAAGAAGGGACGCGCCAUUAUGGAUCGUAUCGCGGUCGAGGAGUGGUUUGCCGGGUACAACGAAAGCACCGAGUACCGCAAGCUGGGUAUCGGUGCCCUUAUGGGCGACGUGGUCGACCGCAUGGUCAGCACUGCUGUGGAGGGUGGCUGGCGCAGCGAGAGCUCUGCAUCCGGCUCCGGUGACGCCGAAGCUGGUAAGGCGAUCAAGUUUGCCAUGAGCGGAUGCCACGACACCACUCUCGCCGCCAUUCUUUCCAGUGUUGGUGGUUUCCAGGACGAGUCAUGGCCACCGUUCACCUCUUCCGUUGCCAUUGAGCUCUUCUCGCAGAUUCCCAGCACUGCUGCAGAUGCUGGCUCCAUGCUGGAGGAGUUUUCAAAUCCGCCCGUGGUUAAGAAGUCUGGAUUCCUGUCAUCCAUCCUUGGCGGUAAGGCCGCACCCAAGCAUCCGGUGCCCUCCGCGACCGCACGGGCGCCGCUCGAAUCCUUCCCCGAGGAGUCCCGCGAAUCUAUGCGCAAGCAUUACGUCCGCAUCCGCUAUAACGACCGCCCAGUGACCAUUCCCGGCUGUGCGACCAAGGCCAAGAACCACCUCCCUGGCGAUCCGACUUUCUGCACGCUCGACGCGUUCAAGUCGAUCGUUGACAAGUUCACGCCCAAGAGCUGGAGCGUCGAGUGCACAGAGAACCUGGGCGAGGGUCCGCACGGGCCUAACAAGCGGGAAUUCUCCAUGGCCGGAUUCUAG